CUGCUUGUAGAGUUGGUAUAAAAGGGCUCUUGCAACGUGUAGACAACACAGCCUUGCCGAACCACAAAGACAGCAUCACUUCGUUCACUCCAAACAUCAAAACAAACAGAAUGGAAUAUUGCAAGUUUGCCCUGCUGGUGUUUUUCCUGUCCUAUGUUGAGCGUUCUUGGUCUGCAUCCUGCGUGGUGGACAGUUUUACAGUCAAGGAGAACUUUGACCCAAAGCGAUAUGCAGGCAAAUGGUAUGCUCAGCAGAAGAAAGACCCAGAGGGACUCUUCCUUCAGGACAACAUUUCUGCAGAAUACACCAUUGAUGACGACGGCACCAUGACUGCCUCUUCCAAGGGUCGCGUAACUCUUUUCGGAUUCUGGGUUGUGUGUGCUGACAUGGCUGCCCAGUAUAGCGUGCCUGACCCUACCACUCCUAGCAAAAUGUUCAUGAACUACCAGGGCCUGGCUAGCUACCUGUCUAGUGGAGGUGACAACUAUUGGGUCAUCGACACAGACUAUGACAACUAUGCCAUCACCUAUGCUUGCCGCACCCUGAAGGACGAUGGCACAUGCGAUGACGGCUAUGCCCUGAUUUUCUCACGAAACCCCCGUGGCCUGCCCCCAACAAUUCAGCGCCUUGUUCGGCAAAAACAGGAAGAGAUCUGCAUGGCUGGUCAGUUCCAGCCUGUGCUGCAGUCCGGGGCUUGCUGAGCUCUUGGAACAAACUAAGAGGGAUGCAGUUAGCCUGCUGGCAUGAGAAGACUCAUCCUUGGCCAUCCAGUGUUAUAGAUAUGCAAGAAGAAAUCAUCAUGCAUCAGGGAGAGACCAAUUGAAGCAUCUUAUCUCAAGGGAUUGUUGUGUUGUUUCUGUGACAAUAAAUAUUUUUUAAAUAAAAC